GUGGCGGGGAAGGGGGAGGAGAGGCGGCGGCGUGCGCUGCCUCCCGAGGAAUCAAACAGGGGGAGAGAGGAACGCGCGGAGGAAAGGACGGGCCGGGCUGGGGAGGGUCCUGGUCCCGGUCCCGCCCGCCUCGGAGCACCCGCGUCGCCUCCGCGCCGGGACCGCGUUAGAGUCGCUUGGGGCGGCCACCGCCCGCCGGCCCCGCGCCCAUGUGCUCCCGGCAGCCGCGGCGGGCAGCCUCCGCGCCCGGCGUGUCCGGACCUUUGACUUCAUGAUGGGAGGAUAUAUCCCUCUGGCUCUUAGGAUCCGAGCUUCUCCCAGUGUGAGGAUUUGUCAAGGCUGAGAGAUUCCGGAUUAUCCAUAAAGCCCCUCUAAAAUACACAGUUACUUUUGUGUCUUCCCUUCUUGAGGGGUCUUGGAGCAGAUACAAAAAUGGCCUCCAGCCUCACCUGUGCUGGCAUCGUCUGGGCCUUCCUCUCCUUCCUCUGUGCUGCUGCCUCCUGUGUUGGCUUCUUCAUGCCCUACUGGCUCUUGGGGUCUCAGCUGGAGAAGUCUGUUUCCUUCGGCACUUUCCGGAGGUGUUCCUACCCGGUGCGGGAUGAGAGCCGCCAGAUGACCGUGAUGGUGGAGCAGUGUGGCCGCUAUGCCUCCUUCCAGGCCAUCCCGAGCACCGAGUGGAGGAUCUGCACGGUGGUGACGGGCCUGGGCUGCGGGCUGCUUCUCCUGGUGGCCCUGACUGCGCUCAUGGGCUGCUGUGUGUCCGAGCUCAUCUCCAGGACCGUGGGCAGGGUGGCAGGAGGCAUCCAGUUCCUGGGGGGUUUGUUGAUUGGCUCUGGUUGUGCCCUCUAUCCUCUUGGCUGGGACAGUGAAGAAGUCAGACAAACCUGUGGUAACCUUUCCAACCAGUUUGAAUUGGCAGCCCCCAUACAGGUGAUCCCCUGGAGCUGCACACCUUUGGGGAUGGUCAGGCUCGCUGCCUGCAUGAGGGGAUGUGAGCAGGUCCCCCAUGCCCUGGGUUUGGUCACCCAGCAGUUCUCAGCUGCGUCCGGCUUCCAACUCCCCGCUGCAGUGGCAAAGCCUGAAUUACACCCCGCGUUCCCUGUCGGAGGGACCUGCCAUAUCGGCUGGGCCUACUACUGCACGGGCGGGGGCGCGGCGGCCGCCAUGCUGGUGUGCACCUGGCUGGCCUGCUUCUCGGGCAAGAAGCAGAAGCAAUACCCCUACUGAGCCGGCCCCGGGCAGGGGCCCUGCCAGGCUCGCCCGGGUCUGCUGGACAUCAGCGACAGACAAGGAAUUUUCAAGUGCUUUCCCUCAGGAGCAGGAGGGCGGGUGGGCCCGGGGUGGCCGGGAGGUGAACGGUGGUGCGAAGCCACCGGGCCGGGCUGGGCAGGGACCGGCCCUCUCACCUGAGCCUGCUCAGGGUCUGCUCCACAGAAACAUAAGCAAGGAAAACUCUGCUUUGGCAAAUGGUGAAAUUCUGCAUGCACCAAUUACUGGACAGGCUGGUGAGGGGCGGCAGUGCCCACGUGCUGGGGUAGCGCCUGGCAGCCCCUCAGUGCGGCGUUCCCGAAAGCACACACGCACGCACAGAUGUUGACCAUGGCACAAAAUAAGUAGAGGGGAAACUUUUUUUUGGUGCGAUUCUUCUUUCUUUUCCUUUUUAUUUUCUCUCCUUUUUUUUUUUUUUUCCCCCACUUCUCUCUGGUGGUUUAAGACUCGGUGUUGCAACACUUUUUAAUCUAUACAUUAAACUUAAUAAAAGGACCAAUAAGCCACUUUAUCAGUAUUUUGUAUAAUCUCUACACAUUUUUCUUCCUCAAACAUUUAUCCACUGCUUAUUCAGCCCUAUAUAACUUUUAUUAAGACUCUGUGUUUUCAGCAUUAUUGCAAAAUGCAACAUAAUUACUUGGCAUAUGUACCCUUACUAUAGUACUUUUGAUGAAAUGCAGUAAAUGGACGUUUUCCCGUCCAUUGGAAAUUCCACUCACGGUACUGUAGAGCUCUGUUGGUUACGUACAACUAACAGCAAACUUCUUCCAGACAUAGAUUUCUGUUGCUGUUAUGUUUAGCUCAUUGAUGUUGUAUUGUGCUGUACCAUGUUUAUUAUUUCAAUAUUCAUUUUUGUAAAAUAUAUAUAUAAUAUGUGCUAUUUUAUGUUUGUAUUUGAAAAAUCUCUGUAAAUAAAUUUUUCCUUGAUCAAUA